CUCUCUCACUGUUACUGAGCUAUCUCUCUGUGAGCUCAAAAGAAACGGAUUCUUCGUUGUUGGGAUUAGAUUCGGAGCUCCGAACCCGCAUUGCACUCAGUUCACCUACUAAACGACACCGUAGAGAAACAGAUAGUGUCAGUGUGUGUGAAAGAGGUAAUGUCGAUGACGAUGGUGAUGGAGGAAGACGAAGACGCAGAAAUAGAGCACGUUUUCGUUGCUCAUGAAAUCGAUCUCGAUUACGAGUUCGACGCUGCUCGGUUCUUCGAUUUCACUCGACCGGAGACUCCAGCGGAAGCUCUCCAAGCUGAGCUUUGGUUUCAAACUGCUGCUAGUUACCCUCCUUUGCCGUUUGUUAGAAGGCUGGUUGUGAGAGAGGAUUUGUUCUUGGACGACGUUAGCGAUUCGCCAAAAUCCGAAGGCCUGGACUGCACGAGUAAUGUUGAUGAUGAAAAAUCCAGUGUUCCGUUACAGACGGGAAUUUUGGACACGGCUUUUGAAGAUAAUGGACCAAAAGCACUUAGUGGAAAUAUGUCUCAUUUAUUGGUUGGAAUUCUACAAAAUGACAGUACAAGACCACUACAAGAACUUUCAGGACUUACAUUUGGCAGUAAGACAAUCACCAACAAUUUGAAUUCUAAGGCUAAGUCUACCGUGUCAAAGAGUUCAACACUAAUGAAACCUACCACCAGUCAAUUGGCCAAGCAAAAUCUCCCUGCUAAAAAUGUUGGUUCAAGAUUUCAAAAGCUACUAUUACAGAAUGAACAAAAUUUAUCUAUCUCUUCUGGGGUAGAAAGUCAAGCUUCCAAGAGGCAGAAACUAGAGGGCGGUCUCUUGUGUAAGGUUCCAGAUGUGAAGCCUCAAACCAAUUUUUUCCACAAGACUCGAAUGAGGGAUGUCAUGGUUGAACAAAACUCUGCAUGUUCGAAGCUGAGGCUUACUAUUCCAAGGGAGCCUGACCUUAGAACAGCACAGAGAGCACAUAGGAUGAGACCUAAAAAUGUUGCCGAGGCAGAGCGAGUAACAGUUGCAGCUCCCAGAUUCAAAGCUCGCCCAUUAAAUAGAAAAAUUCUUGAGGCUCCUUCAUUGCCACCUCCCAAAAGGAGCACUCCACGGUUGCCUGAAUUUCACGAAUUUCACUUGAAAACUUCGGAGAGGGCAAUCCAACACACAUCUGCUACGUCAUCUUCACUUCACUGCUAUGAUUCUGAUAAGGGUUGGGAUAAACAUACUACUGUUUCUUUAGAAAAUAGAAUCAAGGAUUUAAGAAGACCUACCGCAGGAGGUGCACCAACGUAUGAUGGAUUGGGGUUAACACACAUUUUUAAAGCUCGGCCACUUAAUAAGAAGAUAACUCGAAGUAAAGGGGAUGGUGUUUUCCGUAAAUGCAGACAGGAAACAACAGUCCCAAUGAAAUUUGAUUUACAGUCUGAAAAGGAGGUUCUGCAAGAUCCGCCUAUUGAACUCUUCAGCAAGCUGUCUCUGACGUCUGAGUGUCAGCCAAAUAAUGGAUCUCAUUUCAAACUGCCUCAGCAUUCCGGGAUGUGUAGAAAGGAGAAGACUUUUAUGUUUGGGGCAAAUCAAACCUCUCGAGGGAAUGGCGGUUGCAUCAAUCUGAUGGGUGAAAGGAGGUAUGCGCUGUUGACACCACUCUUCAUGUUUAAUACGAUUGUUAAAUCAGAACUCAACUUCAAUUGAUUGCUUUUAUAUAUAUAUAUAUGUGUGUGUUCAACAUCGAACUGAAAUAUUCCAGGAGCUUGGGAAUUCGGUGACUAUAAACUAGGGAAAAAGUGCAAUCUGCUUAGUUAUGGGCAUCGAACUAGAAUUUUUGCUGACAUGAGAUUGACUGUACAUAGUUGAAUCUGACCGCGGAUGAUCGGUGUAUAUUUUUUUUCUGUACACAGAAUCUUACAUUUUUUUUUCUAGGUGCACAGCUUGUAUCUUCUAUAACUUCCGUUGAUCAUAAUUCAAAAAGUAUAUCAUUAAAG